AUGACUAGGAAUCGUGCCGACACGGCCCAGCCGCCUCUCACUGUACGCAACAACUCGGGGCCUGUACCAACAGUACCAAACGGGCCGUCAAAUGGCGACGCUCUCGAAAGCGGGGUGGACGGUGCGUCCGCGGUGAAGCAUCUCCCGUCCAUUCGCUUCAUCCCACACCAGGACCCCAGAGCGGGCCGACCCUCGCUGCAGUUUCCCACGAUCCAGCUAGGCUUCAAGUCCAAAGUUGUGAGCAGGAAACACUGUGAACUAUGGUGCAAAGAUGGCAGUUGGUACAUCAAGGAUGUGAAGAGUUCCUCAGGGACGUUCCUCAACCACAUCAGGUUAAGCCAGCCCAAUGUGGAGUCGAAGCCUUUUAGGAUAAAGGACGGUGAUAUCAUCCAGCUCGGAAUAGACUUCCGUGGUGGAGAGGAGAUGAUUUUCCGAUGCGUCAAGAUUAGGGUCGAGUGUAACCGCGGAUGGCAACAAGGCCUCAACAAGUUCAAAUGGCGACAGCGCAUCGACACACACAUCAGAAUGCGCCAUCUGCUUGAUGUCGAUAGCAGGCACUACAAAUGUAUCCGUCCAAUUUUGAACGGUCCAACAUGGCCAAACUUCCUCUGUCCGAAUUGCCGAGCUGUUGCCGACCUAGAAGAGGACGUCGAAGAUCCCCCCGACUUCGACGACUGGGAAGAAGACGCCGAGCAAACGAAUGGUGACUCGACUGCCACCGCUGAGAACGGCGUAGGAGACCGCCACAUCACACCGCGCGCCUCGCUGGUCCCCAUGAAUGCCCAAGCCCCUGUCAACAACACAGGCGACGAGGACGGCGGCGUCAGUCUCGGAGAUCUGCAGCAAGCAAUUUCAAAUAUCAGCAUGUCAGACUCAAACGGCCAUGCAAGUCAACCAGGAUCACACCCGCAGACCCCCGAACGCCGUCUCGAACCACCCACGUCGUCGAUCACGCAACCAGUGCAGAUCAACGUCACGAGUGCAAACGAGUUCUCCGGCCUGUCGCCUUUAUAUCAACACCACCAUGAUGGACUGACGCCUGAUCGCGUACACGACGGGCCGAUGACGCCGAGGAACGACGCGGGUCCGUUCGUGCUCGACGGCAGCGCAGGCAGAGCAGCGGGAAGUCGCUUGAGGGACAUUUCCCCCGCAGGCUCGGAUUCUGGCAGCACCACGAGUGGGAACGGGCCGCCGAGCCUGCCACCAGUCCGUUUGAGCUAG